AUGCGGGACUGCCGCGAAAGGGGGGGAGGGGGCGGGAGAAGAGAGGGAUUGCAUUUUAGCAUAUUGGGCGACUCCGAAAAACAUAAAUUGUGUACACACAAAAUUUCCUUGUGUAUGUGUGUCGUAUUUUGUGCCUUGGCACGGAAAUGCAUGUGAACAAAAAUUUGUGUAAGACACAUUUAAUG